GAUUAGAAAUAAAACUCAUGUCAUCUUAGAAGUGUAUUUGAAAAGGAAAUAAAAACAGAACGUUGCAUUUUGGGGUAGGACAGACUCACGGGAAGCUUUAAGCUGGUUAGAAGACAACAAAUUUUCUGCACCUGGUCAGCUGCUGUAUCUUUGGAGGAUGCUGUCGGAAGGUUACCUUUGUGGGAUCGCCUACCUUUGUGAAGAUCUGCACCCUGAGCUCUACAGCAAGAGUUCGGCUGAGGAAGUGGUGUAUGAAAUGAAGUCCAUUAGUUAUUCUUCCACGGAUGAAGCACAAGGAAAAAGCCUUCUUCAGAGAUGCAGAUCUGCUGGCAAGUGCAUUUCAUCCGUCUGUUCUAGAGGUAGCAAGCACAGCAGAAGGCAGAAGGAUAAUCUCCUUCAGCCUGUGCAGCACCCAGCGCCUGAAGGGCAGCCCUCUCCUGCUAUGCAUGCCUGCGAGGGGCUGGCAAGAAAAGACACCUACCUGGUCCCAUCUUCCUGCAAAAGCAUUUGCAAGAACUACAACGAUUUGCACAUUGCUGGGGACUACGUGGUGCCCAUUAGCUCAGUCACGACAGAUUUUACCUGCGACAGCGGCAUAGGCCCCUUCUUGGAGUCCUCAGAGAUUCCUCCCCCAAUGGAGUCCGUGAGGGUCACCCCCAGCGACACCAGCCGCAAGCCGGCCCAAGGCUACUCCUCGUGCUGGCGGCUGGCAAGCUUAGUGCCCCACCAGCAGCCCCUCUCCGACUCGGCCCUGAAUGACUACCUCGAACAGAAGCUGGUGGAACUGUAUAAGCAGUACAUCAUGGAUAGCACAGCAAACAGGGCAUCCCCCACUCAGAUCCUGGCCUCGGAGCUUAUCAUGACCAAUGUCGAUCAAAUCAGCAUGCAGAUAUCACGGGAGAGGAACAUGGAGACCACCAAGGCCAAAGACAUUGUCAUCAGCCGCUUCUUACAAAUAGCCAGUGAAAAAAUACCCUCAGAAAUUAGCACACCGAGCCUGCACAUUUCCCAAUAUAGCCACGCUAAUGCGUAGUAUUUGAACGACUGCUGCUAGAAAGCUUUUAUGUUCUGCAAAGUCAAUUUUUAGUUUCUUAGGACAUUUUUCUGCUUCAUAAAAAUGCAUUUACCAUGUACCACUUAAAUUAAAACUUCCGGUACAUAUUAAAGAAGUAAAAAUAUUUGUACUCUGUACCCCCUGUAGUGGACCAGAUGAUUUAUUGUUGGGGUUUUUUUAAAAAAAAAGGUUUUCCCCAAAGGCUUAUUUCAGUGAGCCUCGGUCAUUAAGAAAGUUUUGUAGAAAAAUGACUAAGAGCAUAUGACACUCUUCCAGGUGCUCGGGUGUUCUCUUUCUUCCCCAUGUGCUUGGCAUCUCAUUUCAACUUUCUUCUGUCUGGACUCUGCCAUCCUGCCCCUUGUUCUGUGUGAAGUGAAGGCUUAGACCCACACCAGCACAAGCACAGUGAUCGCAGAGCCACAGAAAUACAGAAUUCAGGACAUCAUCUGGUUCAUCUCCCUGCCCCAAACGGCUUUACUCAUGACAUCCCUCACAGAGGUGUUUGUAAUUUAUUCUUAUAGUUAUCAGGGGAUAGAUACUUCAUGGUUUCUUCUCUAUUAACCCUCAUUAUUUCAUUGGUGUCUUCUUGUUCAAAAGCUACCAUCCCUUUUUGCAAAGGAAAAACUGUUUCCAAAGGGACUUCAUCAGCAGGAGUGUGCGUGUACCCCUGCGUGCUUUGCACCGAACGGAACUUUUACAAGUGGAUGCGGGCGACCUGUGGUCACAGGCAGACACCACUUUCACCGGAUACUUGCAGGCCUGCAGCUGUGGAGUGGUCGUGCAGGGACAGUGAUGGUAAUAAAGGGGGAAGAGAAAGGAGAAUUCGCCUUUGUUAAGAGAAUUGCACAUUGAAAGAUAAGGGCUAAUCCAAAGCCCAUUUCAUUAACGUGAACAGUUCCUUCGAAGGCAGAAGGAAAGCUGGAACGGGCCGCUCAGCAGCAUGGCUAACCCCUUCUUUUGUCAGGAUCACUGCUGUGUCUCGUGGGUCAAGGUCAUUUGAACCUGAUGUAUUUCUAAUAGGAAGGUCCUUUUUUGUAAAAUUUCACUAAGCCUUAAAAAAGAAGAAGAAAAAAAAAAGGCCAAGGCUGGUUACCUACCUUGAGUCUGUAUAACGUAUAACAUUGUCAAUACCAAUCCAUUAUUUGUUGAGUGUCUAAGUAUCAGUAUAAUAUAAAUACUAAUUUAUAACAAAUAUUCAUAAAAUGUUUUCGUGUUAU